AUGAACGCCCCUGACAGGUUUGAGCUCUUCUUGCUCAGUGAUGGCGAGAAGAAGAUUUCCGAGACGCCCUUCCCUCGCAUGUCCAACUGCUCUGACUUCUUGAUCAAGAAGGAGGACCACACCAUCGGCAACCUCAUGUCCGAGCACCUCAAGCAGCACCCCCACGUCCUGAUGGCUGGAUACAAGAUCGCUCACCCUAACGUGCCUGAGCUAUUCAUCCGUGUCCAGACUGACGGCACCAUCACGCCCAAGGAUGCCUUCGUCGAGGUCGCCCGCAACCUGAUCGCCAAGUUCGCUCAGCUGGGCCGCGAGUUCACCCGCGAGUACGAGCUGCGUCGCAUGGCCACCACAGGUCCCACCGACGGCGACGGCAAUGCCAACGGCGGCUUUUAG